AAAAAGUUCGACACAGCUUUAUUUUCACCAGUCUCCCUGCUAAUUCCUACAUAUCCACGCGCCAACCUAAUAUCUCUGUCCCUGUCCCAAACGCCGACAUUGGGAAUCCCGGCAUCAGUUGCCAGCUUGGUUGACAUCUCGCGCACUUUAUCUUCUGUCGAUCUACGUAGUCGAAGAAAGCUCGGCCUAGAGGUACAGUAUCCUUAAGCAGAGGGUCACACAACCCAAGGCAUGUCAUCCUCUACCCUUCCUCCCGCACAACCUCUUCCUCUCCGUCACCUUCUCGAGACUUACACCACGUCUCACCCCUUACGAACCCCAUCCCCCCUUCCACCAUCAUCUCGAGUCGAUCCAAAACUUCGUCAACGCCUACCACCACCUACAUCUGCAAGCCCCCUUCUUUGGACUCUGCCAACAUGGUGGCUAUUCAUCCGCUUUGUGUUCACGAAAGGCAUACACAUUGCGCUCGCCUUGAUCUCGCAUUUUCUCUUCGGGCCUAAACGACCGAGCUGGGGAUAUCGAAUGACCUUCAUCACGUCGUUCAUGCGAAAUAUAGCAGAUCACUCAAGUCUCGCGGAUAUUGUGCUCAUCAGGAGAUUUAUUUCUCUACACUUUUUGGUGCCUUUGCCGGGAGAUGCGGUUGUUACUCCUAUCACCUUCACCGUCCCCCGAAGAAAAGCAGAGCAGGUUGCAAAGGGCUUUCUGCGAGAUUUGGAUGUUGCAGAGACGGGAAGCCGCCAGCUUUCGGGGGAAUGGGUGGUCGGCACUGAGGUAUGGAAGAGGUUAAGAGCUGAGAAGAGAGCAAGGUCGAAGAAACAACGUACAUCCCUCAGACACAACCUCUCGCCAAACGAAGGGAGUUCAAAACAGACAAAAGUAGAAAUUGAACCUGAAGCUCUAAAGGAAAAGGGGAAAGCAAACGAAAGAGUCAUUUACUAUGUGCAUGGCGGCGCAUACUAUGUGGGUAACGCUGCUACUCACAGACUUAUCACUAUCGGCGUGAGCAAAUCUUGCAAUGCCCGAGUAUUCGCCAUAACAUACCGGCUUGCACCCGAACAUGUCUUUCCCCUCCCUCUUCACGACGUUCUCUUAGGCUAUUUACGACUCUUGUCUCCCCCUCUUUCCAUACCUCCGGAGAAUAUCAUCAUCGCAGGCGACUCUGCAGGUGGAGGCCUCAGUUUGGCGCUGUGCAUGUACCUCCGUGAUGAAGGGUACAAACUCCCAGCAGGUCUAAUAUUGAUGAGCCCAUGGGUAGAUCUAACGAUGAGUUGUGGGAGCUGGGAUGAGAAUGCAGACUCUGACGUAGUGCCUCGUCCCGAGACUGAUGAUCAUCUUAACCCAGUGGGAUGUUAUCUCGGUCCCAAAGGCAUCGCCACCUACCUUACCCACCCUUACGCUUCUCCGCUAUUCGGUGACUUCCACGGCUUACCACCCAUGCUCAUCCAGUCUGGCGACUCUGAAGUGCUCCGAGAUGAAAUCACGCUCAUCGCGCACAAAGCUACUCUUGCGGGAAUCAACGUGACACAUGAGUUAUACGAAGAUAUGGUACAUGUUUUCCAAAUGUUCUCGUUCUUGCCUGCCACGACGACGGCAAUCAACAAUGUCGGUAUAUGGGUGAGGACAACCUUGCCAAAGAUAGAGAGGGAACAGAGGCAAGCAGCAGGUAUGGAUAAGGAUCAGCAAGAAGUUGGAGCACUCGAUGUAGAUGUGACGGAAAGUAUGGAAGAGGAAAUUGGGAAGGGAAAUCGGGUCGUUGCCAAGGAUGGGCAAGAGAUUGAUGUACCAAGUGGAAGGACAGAGGUCAUGUCUGAAGAGAUUGACGCGGCUCAAGAUCUGUCGAGGCAGCAGGCAUUAACAACCGAGACAGGUUUUUCAGGAAGCUCUAUUAUCAACGAGCGACCUACCGUCGACACGGACUCACUUGCCAAAUUGGACUCUGACUCUGACUCUGGCUCCCCGACACCUAGAAACAGUCGACUCCCCUCACCAUCUGUCGUCUUCCCCAGAGAACCCCGUACUCCUCCACGUCAUUUCGACCCAUUCUUGGAUGUACAACCUCAGGAUCAAUCAAAAUCAUCGCAGCCACAUACCCUUCCUCGCCUUCGUCGAGUGCAAACAGCCGUGCCUACUGCCUUUGCCCUCUCUCCACCUCCCAACCCACGUUCAUCAGUGCGCUGUCGACGACCUACAACCACCUCUCUCCUCACUUCCCCCUCUUCCUCCGUAUACGGACAAGAUACAUCAUACCCCACCUCUCCGACUUCAUUAGCCUCUGCGCGAAGACGACUUCGUUCGGGUACACUCUCUUUCCAGCCUCCCCCAACGACAAGAACUAGAAGUAAAAGUCAUUCUGAUAUAUUCAACCUGGUAGAAGGGUACGUUGAGGGGGGAGCUGCGAAUGAGACGACCGUGUAUGCAGCUGGAGGGGAGGUCAGGAGUGUGGGCAUAUUGGGAGAGGAUGAUGAGGAGUAAGUGUGGUCAAAUAUCUGAGGGAUUGGCCAGAGGAGAAGUUGUAGCAUCCAUUAUCAGUUGGAGCCCUGUGCAUUCACUAUGUUGUCAAUUACCAGAGCCAAAGCUUUGCAUUUCUGCACUAUACAUACUGUACAGAUAUAGAAUACCACCGUCUACAGUACUUGUACGGUCAUCGGCCCCGGAGGCCGGAAUGUCUAACGUAAUCUCUUUUCGGGAAUGAUACAGAUG